AUGCCUACCAUCUCGGUCGACAAGGCCGCCCUGUUCAAGGAGCUGGGCCGAGAGUAUACGACGCAGGAGUUCGAUGAGCUGUGCUUCGAGUUUGGCAUUGAGCUGGACGAAGAUACCACGGACUCGGACCGACCGAUCGUCGAUGGAAAGCAGGUGCCGCCGGAACUCAAGAUCGAGAUCCCCGCCAACCGAUAUGACUUGCUGUGUUUCGAGGGCAUUGCGUUGAUGCUCAACAUCUUCCUGGGCCGGGUAUCUCUCCCAGAUUACAAGCUCGCCCAACCGGCGAGCGGAGCCCUGGAGACAAUCGUUGUCAAGGAAGAUACGACGAAGAUUCGGCCGUACGUGUCGGGUGCGAUUCUGCGGGGAAUCAAGUUCGACCAGGCUCGUUAUGACUCCUUCAUUGCGCUCCAAGACAAGCUGCACCAGAACCUGGCACGGCAACGGACUUUGGUCUCGAUUGGAACCCACGACUUGGAUACUGUCAAGGGACCCUUCACCUACGAGGCUCUGCCGCCCAAGGACAUCAAGUUUGCCCCGUUGAACCAGACUCAGGAGAUGGAUGCAGAGCAAUUGAUGAAUUUCUACGAGAAACACCAACAGUUGGGCAAGUACCUACAUAUCAUUCGGGAUUCUCCAGUUUACCCGGUCAUCUACGACGCGAACCGGACCGUCUGCUCCCUGCCUCCUAUUAUCAACGGUGACCACUCCAAGAUUACAUUGAACACGACCAAUAUCUUCAUUGAGAUUACAGCCACGGACCAGACAAAGCUUGAAAUCGUGAACCGGAUGAUGGUCACCAUGUUCUCCCAAUAUACUUCGGAGCCGUUCACAAUUGAGCCCGUCAAAAUCGUGUCAGAGCACAACAAGCAGACCCGAAUCACCCCGGACAUUUCCCCGCGCAUCACCCAGGCUGAUGUUACCUACAUCAACCAAUGCUGUGGCCUGACCCUCACUCCGGUCGAUGUCUGUAACAGCCUGCGAAAGAUGGCAUACCGCGCAAAACCGUCCACCACCUCUACAGAUACCGUUGAGAUCGAAAUUCCCCCGACCCGCGCUGAUGUGCUGCACCAAUGCGACAUCAUGGAGGAUGUGGCCAUCGCCUACGGAUUCAACAACCUACCAAGGUCUUUCCCAAGCAAGUCCGGUACGAUCGCCCAGCCUCUCCCCAUCAACAAGCUGUCCGACAUUGUGCGCAUGGAGGCCGCCAUGGCUGGCUGGUCAGAGGUUCUGCCGCUGAUCCUGUGCUCGCACGACGAGAACUUCGCCUGGCUGAAUCGCAAGGACGACGGCAACACCGCGGUCAAGCUUGCCAACCCCAAGACCCUUGAGUUCCAGGUCGUGCGCACCAGCCUGCUCCCUGGCCUGCUCAAAACCAUUCGCGAAAACAAGAGCCACUCCGUGCCGAUGAAGGUCUUCGAGGUCAGCGAUGUUGCCUUCAAGGACCUGUCGCUGGAGCGCAAGAGCCGCAACGAGCGCCAUUUCGCCGCUGCCUGGUACGGCAAGACUAGUGGUUUCGAAGUCGUCCACGGUCUCCUGGACCGCGUGAUGGCCAUGCUCAAGAGCGCCUUCAUCACCGGCGAGGAGGGCCUCGAGAACGCCGCCAUGAGCGAUGCGCAGUACUACAUCAAAGAACUGGAUGAGCCAACCUACUUCCAUGGCCACGCCGCCUCUAUCCACGCCCGCAUCGGCGGCAAGGACCUUGUCAUUGGUUCCUUUGGCAUCCUGCACCCCACCGUGCUGGAGAAGUACGAGCUCAAGUACCCAACCAGCACCCUAGAGAUCAACAUCGAGGCUUUUCUGUGA